AUGCAGGCCCAGGUGCCCGUGGUGGCCAGAACAGCUCUCCCAGCAUCAGAUGCCCACUCACAGCCCAGAUCAGAAGGUGGUGACCUUGAAGCUCCCUACCCAGCCUUUGGCUGCAGCAUCAUCCCCUCCAUCAUGGUUCCAGAGGCCAAGAGAGCUGCGACCAUCCUGCAAUGGGAGGAAGGAGGGAACACCAGCUGCCCUCUGCUCUUCAUCCAGCUCAACCAGCUCCUCAGCACUCCAGCAGGGCUGGAGUGGAGAGAGAUGUCCAGGUGGAUAAAGUUUGAGGAGAAGGUGGAAGAUGGUGGGGACCGCUGGAGCACACCCCAUGUCCCAGCCCUGACCCUGCACAGCCUUUUUCAGCUGAGGACGUGCCUGCAGAGUGGGACAAUGCUCCUGGAUCUGGAUGCCUCGAGUUUUAAGGAAAUAAUUGAUGAAGUGCUUUCUGGGCAGUCUGAGGAAGCAGAGCUGCAGCCUGAGCUGAGGCAGCGCCUGGCAGCCCUUCUGCUCCGCCAGCCACAGCACCAGCCCACCACAUCCCCCCUGCAGCUCCUCACUGAGCUCAGCCUCUCUCCCUGCCAAGGGAAGGCCAAAAGCUGGUCUGAGCCCGGAGCCCAGGUCUCCAAAACACCUCUUAAGGAGCAGCUGAGAAACCGAUUUAAGAAGAAAAUCCCACAGGGGGCUGAAGCAGCCCACAUUGCUGUAGGUGAAGUGGAGUUCCUGGAGAAGCCCUUCACUGCCUUCAUCCGCCUCAGGCGAGGGGUGGCCCUCGGCUCCCUGGCUGAAGUCUCCCUCCCCAGCAGGUUCCUCUUCAUUUUGCUGGGUCCCCGAGCCAAAGUGAAAGCCUACCAUGAGGUUGGCAGGGCCAUGGCCACGCUACUGACGGAUGAGCUCUUCCAAAGGGUUGCCCGGCAGGCUGAGCACCAAGAGGACCUCAUUGCAGGGAUGGAGGCAUUCCUGGAUGAGCUGACUGUGCUUCCUCCUGGGAAAUGGGACCCCAGUGUCCGAAUUCCUCCUCCAAGUUGUCUGCCAUCUCCACACAGGAGGCCCAUCAUGCACUCACCAAAUCCGCAGUCCCAUGGCCACCAGGAUGUGGCAGCAGCCGGGGACAGAGCUGGCCUGGGCCACCAAUGCUCCACGGAGGAGCUGGAGAGAACGGGCAGGCUUUUUGGGGGGCUGCUGCGGGACAUCCGGAGGAAGGUGCCAUGGUACGGCAGUGAUUUCUGGGACGCCCUGCACCCCCAGUGCCUCUCAGCAGUGCUCUAUAUCUACCUGGCAACGGUCACCAACGCCAUCACCUUCGGUGGCAUGCUGGGGGAUGCGACCGCCAACAUGCAGGGAGUGCUGGAGAGCUUCCUGGGCACAGCCUUUGCUGGCUCCAUCUUCUGCCUCUUUUCUGGCCAGCCCCUGACCAUUCUGAGCAGCACUGGCCCUGUGCUGGUCUUUGAGCGCCUUCUCUUCUCCUUCAGCCAGGACCACAGCUUGGAUUACCUGGAGUUUCGCCUCUGGAUUGGGCUCUGGGUGGCCUUUUUUGGUGUAGUCCUGGUGGCCACUGAGGCCAGCCACCUGGUGCGGUACUUCACCCGCUUCACUGAGGAAUGCUUCUGUGCCCUCAUCAGCUUGAUAUUCAUCUAUGACUCCCUGAAGAAGAUGCUGAGCCUGGCAGAUACCUUCCCCAUCAACUGGCAGUACCGGCUGGACAAUGUCACCUCCUACAGCUGUGUCUGCAACUUGUCCAGACCCGGUCACAGCUCCACAGGGAACGACACACUGUUCACCUCGCCCCUGGCCCCCCAGCAGCCUCCUGCUGCCCCAGCUGGGCUGAGCAGGACCCAGUGCCUGCAUCGAGGUGGGCACCUCAUGGGAAGCAGCUGCCAGUACGUGCCUGAUGUCACCCUCAUCUCCUUCCUGCUCUUCGGGGGCACCUUCCUCUCCUGCACUGCACUCAAGCGCUUCAGGAGCAGCCGCUACUUUCCUGCAGGGGUGCGGAAGCUGGUGAGUGACUUCGCCAUCAUCCUGGCCAUCCUUGCCUCCUGUGCUGUUGAUGCCGCCCUGGGCCUGGAGACCCCCAAGCUCCUUGUCCCCAGUGAGCUGAAGCCCACAAACCCAGCACGGGGCUGGAUCGUCUUCCCCUUUGGAGCUAAUCCAUGGUGGGUCUGCCUGGUGUCUGUGGUGCCUGCUGUCCUUGCCACCAUCCUCAUUUUCAUGGACCAGCAGAUCACGGCUGUCAUCCUUAACCGCAGGGAGUACAAGCUGCAGAAAGGAGCAGGCUUUCACCUGGAUCUUCUCUGUGUCUCCCUCCUGAUGGUCAUCACCUCUGCCACUGGCCUCCCCUGGUAUGUCUCGGCCACAGUCAUCUCCCUAGCGCACAUGGAGAGCUUGAGGAAGGAGAGUGCAACCUCGGUCCCUGGAGUGCAUCCUGAGUUCCUGGGCAUCAGGGAGCAGCGCCUGACUGGCCUGGCUGUCUUCAUCCUGACGGGGAUCUCUGUCUUCAUGGCACCUGUUCUCAAGCACAUCCCGAUGCCAGUUCUGUACGGGGUCUUCCUGCACAUGGGGGUGGCAGCACUGAACAGCAUCCAGCUCACAGACCGUGUGCAGCUCCUCCUGAUGCCAGCCAAGCACCAGCCAGACCUCUCUUACCUCCGCCAUGUGCCCCUGCACCGGGUGCACCUCUUCACCAUUAUCCAGCUGCUGUGUCUGGCCCUGCUCUGGGUCCUAAAGUCCACCACAGCUGCUAUUCUUUUCCCAGUGAUGCUGCUGGCGCUGGUGGGGCUGCGGAAGGGGCUGGAGCGUGUCUUCUCCCUGCACGACCUGGGCUGGCUGGACGGCCUGCUGCCUGGGGCGGCCGGGAGAGAGCCAGAAGGAACCCGGCCCAGCAGGCGGAAGGAGGAGGAAAGAAAUGGCGAGGAGGUGGGUGAUGUCGGGGGCACUACGCGCUCUCGCAGCCGUCCCCGUGGGUGCUCCGGUGCCAGAGCUACGGCUGGGCCAGGGCUGAGCACCCCGGUGGACGCAGGGGUUGCAGCGCUGCCCGCCUAG